AUGGUGAAAGAUACUGAAUACUAUGAUAUCCUUGGUGUGAAACCAGAGGCUACUUCUGCCGAAAUUAAGAAGGCCUACAGAAGGCGGGCAAUGGAAACUCAUCCAGACAAGCAUCCUAAUGACCCUAAUGCCCAGGCCAAAUUCCAAGCAGUUGGUGAAGCGUAUCAAGUUCUGAGUGAUGACGAAUUGAGGAAGAGAUAUGAUCAGCUUGGUAAAGAGAGUGCUGUGCCUCAACAAGGUUUUGUCGACCCAUCUGAGUACUUUACUGCGAUUUUUGGUGGUGAUGGUUUUAAAGAAUGGGUUGGUGAGUUCUCUUUGUUCAAGGAGCUUGGAGAAGCUGCUGCUGAGGAAGCUGCAACAGGAACUACUUCUGCUGAGGCUGCUGCUGAGGCUAAUGGCAGUGCAAAUGGAAAGUCGAAAUUGACCAAGGAACAACGGGAGAAACUAGCAGAAAUGCAAAAGAGAAGGAGAGAGGACCUGAUCAAGCAGGUCGAGGAACUUUCAAACAAACUUAAUGCCAAAUUGGACAGCUAUGUUGUUGCUGUUAAGGGUAAUCACUUGGAUGAAUUCCAAAAGAAGUUGACUCAAGAAAUUGAAGAGUUAAAACUUGAAAGUUUCGGCCUUGAGUUGUUGCAUAUCUUGGCCAAAGUAUACCGUAACAAAGCAAACAACUAUCUUCUCUCUAAGAAAACACUAGGUGUUUCACGUUUCUUGACAGGGUUCAGAGAUGGUGCUAAAGAUGUCAAGUCCACUUAUAGUUUAAUACACACAGGCUACGAAGCUCAAAAGACCAUGCAAGGUCUAAGUGAAGUGAAUCCUGAAGAAUUAAGCCCCGAAGAGCGUGCUAAGUUCGAACAUAUGGUUGCGGGGAAGACCUUGGGUGUGAUGUGGGCUAUGUCUAAAUUUGAACUUGAACGUAAACUAAGAGAAGUCUGCAACAGAAUUCUAAAUGACCGUAAUGGUCACGAUAAGACGUUGAAGGCCAAGGGUUUGCUGUUCCUAGCUGACAACUUCUCAAGAGCCAGAAGAUCGCCUGAGGAAGCAGAAGAAGCAAGAGUAUUUGAAGAGUUGAUCUUGGGCCAGCAGGAAAGACAAACUAAGAGACGUUACAGGGUCCAAUGA